AGGAAACGGUCGAGGAAGAAGUCAAUGCGCAACAAUGAGUCUGGACAAAAUCUCAAAGUGAUAGAUAAAUAAGGGAAAGUAGGUUUUACAAUCCACAACGUGGUAGUACAUUUUUUUUUCGAAACGCAGUGGCCAUUGGAAACGUUGCUGUGCAGCGCAAUGGCUGCCCAGUGCGACUCUCUGAGCGGAUACUUGCAACAGUCGGACCAGGGCUCAAAUAGCGAGCGUAGUACUGACUCCCCGGUCCCCGGCUCCGAGGAUGACUUGAGCGGACCCCAUGCCUUACCAGACCCGGAGUGGACGGAGGAAAGAUUUCGAGUGGACCGCAAGAAACUGGAAGUCAUGUUAUUAGCUCAGCUCCACCUGGUUGUGGCCCCGUUGCUGCUACGCUGCUCUGCAUUCCUUAAAGCUCCAUGUCAUCCCUGCCUUUUCCAGGAAAACAACUUAACAAGAGGCCGUCCCUAAACCCAAGUCUGCCGGACAUACUGUAUGCAACGUUGUGCGUGUGUGUGCGUGCACAGAGGCAAUCUCUUUAACAUGUUGUUUUCUAGUGGCUUCUAUGACCAUGGCAGGAAUUCCCCAUGUUAACAUUUAGCUCAUGGCAUGAAGUGAAUAUUACUCUUUGUUUCCAUCUCUGGUCAGUCAUUGGCCUUUUCUCAAUUGGGAGAAGUCAAUUCUCCUCAACUCAUCCCUUCUUGGGGGAUGGUCGCCAUAUGUAUGAGCGUGUCAAUUCGUUAAUAGGUAAACGGAGGAGUUUGCUCCUCUCCUCAAGUGCCUCUGGUGGAAUAAUUUUGAAAUCCGCCACACCCCCUUGAAACAGCUGUUGUACUCUCAGGAGAAAAGCAUGCAUACAUUUACAUUACUUGUUGUUUUAUCAAUAAAAUGUCUAGAACAACU